GCAAGACGGAUUAGGACCAUCGCCUAGGCCGGUGGUACCACCGUUGGUGUACUCUGAAUUUGGCGAUGACGACGAGUUGUCGCCGCAGUGGACGUCGUGGCUGAUUCCGAUGUUCGUUGUGGCUAACGUGAUAGUCUUCUUCGCUACUAUGUCCGUCAACAACUGCCCUCAGCAUUCUCAGCACUGUGUCGCCACUCGCCAGGUUCCUCGGGAGAUUCUCCUUCGAGCAUCUCCGGGACAAUCCUCUCUUCGGCCCAUCUUCUCAAACGUAUACGUUCCAUCGAUCCUCACUUACUAUAUAUUACCUAAUCAUUUGAAUUGUGUGUCGACAUUGGUUUAUGAUUUUAAUAAUAGAUUGGAGAAGUUAGGAUCACUUGACUGGUUCAGAGUUGUGGAGAAGCAUCAAGCUUGGCGUCUCCUUACAUGUAUAUGGUUACAUGCCGGUGUUAUUCAUCUUGCUAUUAAUAUGCUAAGCAUUGUGUUCAUCGGUACUCGCCUUGAGCAGCAGUUUGGUUUCGUUAGGAUUGGGGUCAUAUACGUAAUGUCAGGUAUGGGAGGAAGCAUAUUGUCUUCGUUGUUUAUCAGAAGCGGUAUCUCUGUUGGAGCUUCUGGUGCCCUUUUUGGCCUUCUUGGCUCUAUGCUUUCUGAACUUCUCACCAACUGGACCAUCUACUCUAACAAGAUUGCGGCAUUCUUGACGCUUUUGUUUGUCAUUGUGAUAAACAUGGGCAUUGGGAGUCUACCUUACGUUGAUAACUUUGCUCACGUCGGUGGAUUCUUAACUGGUUUUUUCCUCGGUUUCCUUCUCAUGGCUCGUCCCCAGAUCAAGUGGUUAGAAAGACAGCAUAUGCCACAAGGCAGACGUCUCACAUCCAAGUACAAGCCUUACCAGUACAUACUGUGGCUCCUGUCUCUAGCUCUAUUGAUCGCCGGGUUCUUGGUGGCACUGGUGCUGCUAUUCAAAGGAGAAGAUGGGAAUGAUCACUGCCACUGGUGUCGUUACCUGAGCUGUAUACCCACUUCACGAUGGAGUUGUGAUAGCGUUUGAUGCCCUAUUCAGGAUAUUGUGUGUGUUUGUGUGACUAUUCUUUUACCGGGAAAAAUAAAUUGUUUAUAUCAGUCAACUCAUAAGUUGUGAUUCCCACGUUGUGACUUGACAUCACUACAAAUUAUUGAAGUAUUUUUUUUUUAAUCAGACAAAUGUGGACCCCUGUUGGUACGAGAUCUGUACCGUAGGAUCUAGUCAAAAGAAAAUACACAACAGUGAUUGAUCACUGUCUACACUUGUAUCUCAAAAUCUACUUUACACACAUUCCACUCACUUUUAAAAUAAAUAAAAAAUCCUAUAUUAAAACAAAACAGGAUCAGCAUUGGGAAAUGAAGAACUCACUUUGGUUUCGACCUAACUGAUCAGAAAUAAA